GGGCGCUAGGCUGUCCCAAGCAGCAGGGCUGGACCCGCCUCACAUGGACCGAAGUGUCAUCGGGACUGACAAAGCGUGUUCCGUCGGAGGAAUUACCAUCCCAGAUCCAGUGAAGGGUACAAAGGGAGCGCAGAUAUAGGUGCCCCAAGUGAGAGCACGGCUAAGCACGCCCAGUCCGGCCGCCGCGUCCCAUGGAGGGUGUCCGGUCACCGCUUUCGCCCGAAGCUUUGGAGGAAGCGUGCCAGUGACUGGAGCAAGAUAACAACCAAGACUGCAGGAGGCCCUCUUUGUCCUCAGGGAGAGUGAAUGAGUGGUGCAACCCAUCUACCGUUGGCUUGCCGACACCAUGAGCUGGAGCUUCCUCACCCGGCUGCUGGAGGAGAUUCACAACCACUCCACCUUCGUGGGGAAGCUGUGGCUGACGGUGCUCAUCAUCUUCCGAAUCGUGCUGACCGCCGUGGGCGGAGAGUCCAUCUAUUAUGAUGAGCAGAGCAAGUUUGUGUGCAACUCAGACCAGCCAGGCUGUGAAAAUGUCUGCUACGACUCCUUCGCGCCCCUGUCGCACGUGCGCUUCUGGAUCUUCCAAAUCAUAUUGGUGUCCUCGCCUUCGCUCAUGUACCUCAGCUAUGCCAUCAACAAGAUCGCCCGUUUGGAGGCGGGGAAGGAAGAGGGCACGUCUGGGCGACACAAAGCACAGAAGAUGUUCUUCAGCAACCGGAAGCAGCACCGAGGUUUGGAGGAGGCGGAGGACGACCAGGAGGAGGACCCCAUGAUCUAUGAGGUCCCCGAGAUGAGUGGCCCCAACGAGCCCGUGACCAAAGGAAAAGCUAAGGUCCAACACGAUGGGAGGAGACGCAUCAAAGCGGAUGGUCUUAUGCGCAUCUAUGUGCUACAGUUGCUCACUCGCACGCUACUGGAGGUGGGCUUUUUGGCGGGUCAGUACGCCCUCUACGGCUUCUCUGUCUCCCCCCUAUAUGAGUGCACUAGAAACCCCUGCCCUCACACGGUGGACUGCUUUGUGUCAAGGCCCACCGAGAAGACGAUCUUCCUGCUCAUCAUGUACGGGGUCACUGUGUUCUGCCUGCUGCUAAACGUGUGGGAGAUGCUGCACCUGGGAGUGGGCACCAUCUACGACGUCCUCCACAGCCGCCACGCCCCGCACGAGGAGGGCGAGUACCGGCUGGGCAGCAGACCCAGCGUCUCGGUGGGCAAGGCGGGAGUUGAGGAGACCUAUGGGAGCUACCCCUUCUUGUGGAACGCUCCCUCAGCCCCACCAGGCUACAACAUUGUGGUGAAGCCCGAGCAGAUGAAGUUUACGGACCUGAGCAACGGCAAGACGGUGUGCAAACAGAACAGGGCCAAUAUUGCCCAGGAGGAGCAGCGGCAGUUUGGGGGCAGUGAGGACAACCUCCUCGCUGCCGACAUGCGCGGCGCCCUUCAGAAGGACAUACAGCAGGCCCAGGACAGGCUGGAUGCUGCUAUCCAAGCCUACGGCCAGCAGUGCCACAAUGACAGCAACCACAGCAAUGUGAGCCAGUUGCACCAGGACCACAAACAUCGCUCGGGAGCCAAGAAUGGGAACAACAAGGACAACUGCCGCGGGGGCAGCAGCAGUAACAGCAGCAAGUCAAUGGAGGGGAAGCCCUCUGUGUGGAUCUGACAGGUGACCCAAACCUGCCCAGCUCCACCUAAGUUAUUCUCCGUAAUCCUCGUACUGUUACAUACUGUCAGUUAUGUAUUUGUAUCUAUGUCUCUGUCUCGGGGUACUUUUGAAAAGAUCAACACUAAAUACUUGAAUCCAGCAGCAGAGCACAUGUUUUGCAUCAGCUUUGAAAUCCAAUUCCAAGAAACUGGCAAAUCAGUUGAAAAGGGAAAUGAAAUUAUAAAAAAAAAAAAGAAGAAAGUUUUUGCUUGGAUUAACGGGACAUUGCCAUCAACAGGAAAAA